AUGAAGAUUAAAGAAGAGGAGCUAGUAGAUAAGUUCGUGGAUCUUAAGCUGGAUAUUGGUGAAGUUGCCGAAAGAGCUUGUUUGAACCAGUUACAGAUCUCAAGCACAUUUAAAUCAAAAAUAAAAAGGGGUCAGCAAGAUGAGCAGAAGCUUCAGCAAUUGUUUCAACCAGUUGGUGAGAAGAGGCGUGAAGAAUUCACUAAGGAUGAUGAAGGGUUAAGAAGAUAUAAAGGGAGAAUUUGUGUACCGGAUGCUAGAAGUUUGCGACAAGAUUUGUUGUCGGAAGCUCACAAUAGUGGGUUUUUCAUUCAUCCCGAAAGCACGAAAAUGUAUUAUGACUUGAGGAAGAUGUUCUGGUGGUCUGAGAUAAAAGGUGAUGUAGCUAUAGUGGUAUCUAAGUGUUUAACGCGUCAGAAGGCGAAGAUAGAGCAUCAGAAGCCGUUAGGAAUGAUAAAGCCUCUUGAGAUUCCGCAGUGGAAGUGGGAAGGAGUCGCGAUAGAUUUUUGUGACCGGGUUACCGAGGACUAG